CUUUCUCUUCCUCUUUCUCUCUCUCAUUCUCUUUCUGUGAACAGUGAACGCGACACAGUCAGCUCCAGAAUGGCUACAUCUUCCUCUGCCCUGUCCGACUACCUCUGCUGCGCCAUCUGUACAGAGAUCUUCACUGACCCUGUGUAUCUCAGCUGCCAGCACACCUUCUGUAAGAGAUGUCUUGAACAGAGCCGGGAGGCUGGACUCCCACGCUACUGCCCUGAGUGUAGAGCUCCGAUCAUGGAGAGAAACUUCCAGAUCAACAGACUGGUUCGGAACAUGGCGGACCAGCUGAGACUGGAGCAGGGUAGACAGGAGCACACCAGAGGACAAAGACCUACAGGAGAGAGAAGAGAUGAGUGUCCUGAGCACGGAGAAACGAUGAAGCUGUUCUGUGUGACAGACAGGAAGCUGAUCUGUCUGGUCUGUAUAGGAGGGAGAGACCACAGAGGACACACAUUCAAACCUAUGAGAGAGGCACAGCAGGAUCUGAUGACAGAAGUGGUCUCAGCAUUAGCUAUACUGAAAGAAGACUUGAACGUAGCGCAACAUAUAAGAGAAAGUCAACAAAGAAACAUCUCUAAGAGAGUAGAGAAAUCCAGCCAAGAGAAGAAAAAAAUCAGGACCCAGUUUGAGGAAGAAAUCAACAAGCUGAAGCAGAGAGAAGAGCAGGCGAUGAGAGAGAUAGACAUGAGGUAUGGUCUUGUCAACAUCAAAAUGGAGAAACGUCUGACUACAAUAAAGAGACACGUGACUGAUGUGAAAAAGAGAGAGACCUCGCUUCAGUCUGGACUGGACAUCACUAACCCCAGGAAGUUCCUUCAGUGGUGGACAGAGAAGGGUCGUGCUACAUGUGAUACAAGGCAGGUUUGUCCAGACAUCUACAAAGAACUCUGGUUGGAAAAACCAAGGCAAUCUAAGGGCUGUGAAUAUCCUGACAUCCACGUGCCUGUUAUUGGCAGGAGGGAAUUAAGAAAAGCCUUGAAUGGACAACCUAUUUUUUCUUUUAAAUAGACCUCACUGACUUUUUCUGUAACAUAAAAUAAAUAAAAUGGAGACUCUUAACAUGGUUUACUACUCUGACAGUUGGACGAUUCCAUGCCAGUGUAAAAAAGUUUAUAUAUUCUUUUUUUCGUAUCUCAGAUUGUUCUGACAAUUAUCACAAAAUUUGCCAAAUAAAAAAUUUAUAAUGAAUAAAUAAUUGUUCAUAAUUCUCCUUUAAAUUGCAAGUGGCUGAACCUACUAGAUCUCAAAAGAGAAAUCAUCAGAGCAGAAACAGCGCCCCUCUGUCUCAGUAUGUGUAGCUCAUGUAUCUGAUGCUGUCUGGUCAAAAUGAGUAUGACAUGUUGUUGCAGAGCAUUCCGCCUCAGUUGAUAAUAAAAUGAUGAAAUUAUCAGCGUUGAGCUGAGCUCAACUAUGGGUGGUUCUG